CGUCUGCGUUGGGCAUCAAGUCGCUGCGCCAUGGUGAAUAAGACGACGUGGACGUGCAAUGACAAAAAGACAUGGGCUACCUCCGAUCCGGUCGAGACCAUAGAGUCGAUCGAACUCUUGGCGCUCAACGUCACGACGAACCGCUUUCCGGCAGAGGGCUGCACUGCUGAAGGUGCACCGACGCUGAAUGAGAAGUUGUUCGAGAAGGUGAAGAGGCUCAACGUGAUCGAGUGGUCCAUGCCGGGCUUUGAUGGGAGUAUGCUGCCGCCGAUGCCCAACUUGAACGAGCUGCACAUCAACGCCCUUCAAGUCGACACAAAUGUGAGCCUCUGCACGCUUGCCAACCUGACCACCGUCAAUCUUGCCCAGCCAUCCAACACUGAUGUCGUUGUGCAUGUCCACGACAAGACUCAAGUACUUGCGGGAUUAAAGCUGCAGAAUCGAACGUGGACGAAGAAGCUGUGCCCCCUCGAGACAGCGCAAACGCCCAAUCUAACCACAGUCGGUCCAGCACCCUCGCCAGUAGUCCCGGAAGGGUCAUCGACGCCCCUGUCGGUCGAUCCAACAAAACCUCCGCCUGCUCCGGCGUCGUCGUCCAGCAGUGGCACAACCAUCGGGCUCGCGGUGGGCUUCUCGGCAAUCGCACUCCUUCUCGCGGCCAUCAUCUUUGUCCGGCGCCGCCGCCGGUCGUCGUCAAAGGACGAUGCCAACGCGUACCACGAGUUCCAAGAUCGUACGCUCAUCGCUGGUGGUAGCCACGAAUCGAUCGUGAUGGACCCGCCCGUCUCGGCCUCGGCGCCGCGCAGCAAGCUCCAAGACCACCCGGUGCUUAAGGCGCACUGGCGCGCCGACCUCAUGGACGCCAAGAGGACGGUCAUGCGUGGCAGCCACGACAUGCUUUGGUGUCGCGACGCGUCCGGCGCCAAGCUCGCGCUCAAGUCGCUCGACCUCACGACGGCCAACUCUGCGGUGCAGACGGCGUUCGUCGCUGGCUUCCAGCGCAUCUCGUCGUUGCAGCACAACCACCUUGGCCGCGUCCUUGGUGUAUCGGUCGUCAACUACGACGCAGCGCUCGUCCUUGCCACGCCGUACUGUGAAAAGGGCGCGCUGAGCUCUGUCCUCCAUGACGUCAAGGUCGAGCUCGACACAGCGGCGUCGCUUGUGAUCUGUCGCCACGUCACCCUCGGCCUGCAGUACCUUCACGCCCAGGGCUGCGUCUAUGGCCGCGUCUCGACAAGCAAGGUGCUCCUCGACGAGCACUUGAGCGCGUCGCUCAACAUUUUCGCGCUUCUGGCGCCGAUCCACGCGCGGUCCUAUGCCCCGGAAACCUCGUUUGGCGCCUUUGCACUCGCUGCCACCGCGCCCGAGCUCCUCAUGUACCAGAGCGGACACUCGCCUGCCAGCGACGUCUACGCCCUCGGCAUGCUGCUCGGGGAAGUCUUCAUGCGCGUCCGACCGUACGCCGCGCAGCAGCAGACGCUCGGCCUCGUCGGCGCCGACCUCGAGCUUCUGCGUCAAGUCAAGAAGGGCCGCCGGCCGCCGUUCCCGUUCGAUGAAAAGGCGCUCACAGCCGCAACGUCGGCUGCCUUUGUGGCGCUUAUCAAGGCGUGCUUGCACCUAAACCCGAGCAAGCGCCCGACCAUCGACGACGUGGUCGCGCGGCUGCGGCUCUAAGCCUUCGAUACACCUAAUUGAUAUACAUGUAUUAGCCUCGAUACUGUAGUACCCAAAGAAGCCUGCUUGCAUGCCC